AAUGUGCUGUUCUUUGAAUGCAAAACUGGAUACUACUGCAUAUAAGACCAAGAGUAUGCCCAGUUCUAGUCUUCAGUCAUUAUAAUUAUCUCCAUGGUAUGUGUUCUAGUGUAGGAAAUCAAAUCUUAGAUGAAGAAAAGCAUAGCUGAAUCAAUUGCGAGUUCUAAUUAGGAUACUCAGGUGCUUAAACCUGGUUUUGGCUAAAACAGUGUAACUUAAUCCUGAUCUUCUUUCAUUCUUUUUGUUUUUCCUACCUUCUUUUUCCCAACUGGGUGAAUUCAGGGUACCUGCACAUGUUUUAGUCCAACUACUUAAAUAUGUCUUUGUCAACGUAAGAAUCUUCUUACCUUCUGAUAUCUAAUGGUGGUAGGUAUGUGGUCCAUUUCUCUUAACAAACUCUCAGGUUACUUGCAUUUUCUUGCUUUCUCUGUUUAUUCCAACCUACUACACCACUUCAGGACCUAUUCUUCCAUUAUUAGGUGAUUGCAUUUGAUAGUAUUUUCCUCUGAAUCUAGGUAAUAUACUCAAAAGUCCCAAACACGCGUCUUUAAUUGUAUACUUUUCCUUUCUUAAUUUAAGUAUCCAUUUCCAUAACUAAGAAAGGGAACCUUACCAUAUAAUACUCCCAUCAAUUUUGAGACAUUGGAUGAAUCAUGAAAGUACAUUACUUUCCUGCUUCCAGGGAAUAGUCUCAGCCUCUCAGGGUCGAGUUCUCAUACCCCCAUUCCCUGGCCAGUUAAACAUUAAAAUGCUUGGCCUUUCUGGGAUAGGAUACUUGUGGGCCCCUCUUUAAAAGAAAUUUAAAUAGUUGGAUGAAAGUAGUUACUCCAUGUACUAGUCACAUUGGAUGAAAGUUGCUAAGUCUCUGAUACUAUAUGUGUAUUUGGUCGGUUUCGUGAAAAGUUUGCUCGUCUUUCUGGUGGUGAUGAAGUGUCCAAGUGCCCAUGCCCGUGUUAAAUUGUUGAGUACAUCCAUAUAGUAGUGUCAAGUAUUUGACAUGGAUAUUGGAUGAUCUAGAGAAUGAGUAAACAUAGUGUCAGAUUAGAAAAAAAAGGCUACCAACAAUAUGAUAUGGAAAAAGUGAAUAUAUAAUAGAUACUACAAUAAGACAAUAUAAUUCAGAAGCAAGAUAACUUAGUCCAGCUUAUUGAAGCCUAAAGUUUAAACUGCAUGCAUUUGUGUCGUUUAAGAAAAAUUUCAAUCAUUUCUGUCACUGCUACACAUGGAAGCUGCAAAAUAAAUGGUGCUUUGACAAUACUCUCUGACUAGUUAACUUCCUUAGUCUCCAGUCAAUUCCACUAUAGUUACAUAUCUUUGCAAAAAUUUCAAACCAAAACCAAAAUAGUCAGAUCUAGUGAUCCUUUCUUCGGGGGCAACGAUUAUUGAUGACAUUUUAGGAAGUGAAUGAGUCAAUCUCCUCUAUCUUCCAUUUCAUAAAAGCAAUACUCUUCAAUCUUCAUGUUAUUUCUUUCACGAACUUCUCAUAAAAUGCAGCUUCAUCUUUCCAGAUCUUUUUCUCUAAUCACUCUUAUCAUCAGCCUUAUAAGAUUCACAAGCUCCUAUGAUGAGCAUUUCUUAAACUGCAGCCAACCUUUUACAUGUGGUACCGUAGGAAAUCUCAAGUAUCCCUUCUGGGGAGAGAACAGAGCACCAUAUUGCGGCCUACCAGGAUUCGAGCUUCAUCGUCUCGAUAAUGAUGUUCUAAUUAUUACAAUCUCAUCUCAGAAAUACAGAAUCUUAGCAACUGAUCCUGAAGCGCGUGUGCUCACAGUUGCUAGAGCUGAUAUUUGGGAUGAUAUAUGCCCUUUCCUCCCCAUAAACACCAGCACCGAUGACAGCCCCUUCGAUUAUAGCUUUAGCCAUCCUAGCUACUUGACCUUCUUCUAUGGCUGUCCUGCUGCAUCCAUGGUAAGCUUUGGCUUUCCAAGACACGCUGUUUGCGACACAAAUGGUUCCCAUGUUGACGUGUUCUUCAGAACCGGGAUGCUUGCUCCUAUUGUAGGAUGUACCAGCGUAGUAAACGUACCAAUUCAGAAAACUUUAGCUUCAGAUCAGGAGGUUAACUUAUCUUCUGUCCUUGAGGUUUUGCAUGAGGGUUUCAUAUUACAAUGGAGAGAAAAUGGUGAUCAAUGUAAGAAAUGUGUAGAAUCAGGUGGUCAGUGUGGAAAUGAUCUUCGAGAUAAUAUAUUCCGUUGCUUUUGUCCUGACCAACCUUAUGCAUUAGAAUGCCCAACUAGGCCAGGUAUGUUUUAGAAUUCUAAGCUUAAAUCUUACUCUAUGGCUCUAUGCUGUCUAUAGUUAAUCCUGGCUCACGUGUAUUGUUAGGUGCAAGUGUGAGUAGUAUUUGUUCCACAUUGAAAAAGUAAGCAAAGAGCUUUCAAUUUGUAACCCAAGCGGGCUGCUCCUCCUAUUGCCAAUUGGUUUUAGGAUGGAACCUCGUUCUGGGCUCUGGUUUGUGGAAUAUCUAUGUUACAAGGAACUUUUAGAUUACCUCAAGUACCAUGUCUGAUCACACUUCGACACCUAUUUUUAGGUCAAUAUCAUGGAGAUUAUAUACAAAAUAGUCGAGUUAGAAACCUGGACACAUACCCAUGUCCAACACGAGUACUUGAGUCCGAUUGACAUAGCCAACAGUUAAAAACUGCAAACCUUUUGCAAGUGAACCAAGUUUGACUAUUUUGCUAUUGAAGUUGAUACUAGAAUAUUAAAAGAGGGCUUGAAAUAGGUGCCAAAUUCUAUAUCUUAAUGAAAUCUAGGGAGGGAGAGGAAAAUCUAUUGUAUUUUGCUGGUGAAUUAAGUUUAAUAAUUUAGUCAGAAUUCAACUCAUUUAGUCUUUAUGACAACUCAGAUCUAGAAAAUAAGCUAUGUAUCACUACCAAAAUAAAAAAAAAGUAGUUGUCGAGAUCAGUCAAGGAUACCUUCAUCACUAAAGUCUAACAGCAAUUCCCUUAAAAAAAACGAAAGAAAGUCUACCAGCAAUUUUAGUUUCUGACCCGUUUUGCUAGGGAGCUUCCCUUUUCUAUCUUUUACUAAAGUUUGGUCAAAAUUAAAUUUCUAAUCUCUUGUAAGAGUAAUCUUAAAAAUUUACAGAAAAUAGCAGUAUAAUACAAGCUUAUUUAUACUACUGUAUGGUUCAUCCUCAUUAAUCUAUUUAGUCUAGUUAUUUAGUAUGGGGUGUUUGACAAUUAGAAUUUUGGAGCAAACUAGUCAAAACUCUAAACAACUCUAAAAAAACUCUAAAAGAGGUAUUUGGUAGGAGAGAGUUUUAGAGAGAGUUUUGGAAUAAAAACUCUCAAAAAUGAAAAAGCUCAUAAUAGGAGUUUUUUCUUUAGAGAAUUAGGUAAAAAUAUGUUCAAUGACUUUUUUGCCUCUAAUAAUAAUACUACCCAUAUGUAUUAAAAUUUCUAUAAAUGUCAUUUCACACAAACAAAUGACAAUAAGCUUUUAAGAAUCGGUUAAUUGUUACCAAACACAUUGAUAAAAAAAAGUUGUCAAAUCAACAAUCAAAUCUGCUGAACAAAAAGUUAAAAACUCUAACAACAAACUAUAAACUCUAAACUCUAUUUGCCAAACAGGACAUGCAUAUGUGAAAAUGAAAAAAGGGCACUUUGAUGGUGAAUUAUACAUCUUUCCAGAUUGAUUGCAGCAUGCUAUGUAACAGAGAUUUUCAUGGUUUUACCAUAAUGUUUUGGGUUAGAAUCAACUGCUGAUUGUAUAGAUUAUAUUCUGAUCUUUGAAUCAGUAGGUCCAGAUGUAAAGUUAAAUUAACCUUAAUUCUGAAGGCUGUGCAUGAGAAUUUCAAUUAUCUAGAAAUGAAAACUAGAUAAGAAAUACACUGUCAGCAGAAAUCAGGUGGACUGUUUGCUGUUUAAUUCCCUUGAUGAAACUCAUAAAUCAGAAUGACUGUUGUUAGCUAUGUGACCUAUGUCUUAUCACCAGUAGCGGAAUUUUAGUCUUAUACUAGAAGUGGAAACUGCGAGAAAACAUUCCAUAAAUUUAUUGGGUUUUAGACAUUUUAGUAUCUGAAUGAAUAAAGAAAAUGAAACUAGAAUAUGGUUAGUUGGUUGCAGCCUUGCAGGGUCAUCAGCUUAGAAGGCGCGCAACACACGGGCUAGAUCCUUUCAUUUUAGAGGGUCUGAAAAUCUGAAGUGUGCUAUUCGUUAAGUUACAUAGUCCUAACCUCUUAAAGUUUAGGUUUUUUUUUGUAAUACCUAUUCCUGAUAUGAUCAUCAUAUGGAAUAUUAGGGAUGAUUAACAGAUCAGGUCGUGUUCGGGUUAAUAAUAAACGGGUUGAUCAUGUCUCAAUCCAAACCUAACCCGUUUAUUAAACGGGUUGCAAAACUCAACCUUGACCCGACCGGUUUAUUAAACAAGUUACUCAUAUAACCCGUUCAACCCAUUUACAUAUUUACUACUAAAUUUUUAUUAAAAUUUAUUAGUUUUCAACAAUAAAUUCACAUAAAAGUAUGCAUGAUUAGAUUUUCUUUUCAAUUUUUGUGUCCAACAAUUAGUAUUUUUAAAAUUAUCACCAACUUUAACACAACUUGUUAGGAAAUUUGUAUUUUAAUGAGUUAAACUGGUCAAAGUAGGUUAAUUUCGAGUUGAAAAUGUCAACCUUAACCAAACCUAUUUAAUUAAAUGAGUAAAUCGUAUCAACCCAUUUACUUAAAUGGGUCAAAAAUCUCAACCCAAACCCACUUAUUUCAGGUUGGGUUCGGGUUUGGGUUUGGUAAAAGAGUUGGGUCAGUUUUUUACAACGCUAUGAAAUAAUUAGGAAAAUUUGGGGGCCAAGGUUUAUAAUUAGUAAUAUGGCCCCCUGUAUGAUUAAAGCGACUUUGGACUUGGCUAAUGGCGGAAACCAACUUGAUCUAAUAAAAUUUACUAAAAAAGGAAACCCAUGGUAACUAGCAGCUAAUGGUUUUGCUAGGACAUGAAGUCAUAGUUUCUUAACAAGCUCAAAGAUGCUUAGAAAAUUGCACUUUCAAUUGACCAGCGAUAGUUACUCCAAGCUUUGACAUCAUCACUUACCAAAAGCUUGUUUUAUUUCUUAUUUUAUAUCUGAAACAGCUUCUUGACUCAUAUAUAUGAGAUAACAAUAUCUCUCCUUGAAAUAGUACCAAAAAUUCUACAUAAACCCUUAGGCCUCAAGCAUGAAGCUCUCUGUUCUUUCUUCCUUCUUCCUCAUUUUCACCAUUUUCCCCUUAACCCUUCGUAAGUUCAUCGAAGGCAAUGAAGUUAGACACGAUGAAUGUAAAAGGCCGUUCCAGUGUGGAAAUGUCAGUCUAAGCUACCCUUUCUAUGAUGAUCAAAACCGCCCUGAAUAUUGUGGUUACCCUGGCUUUAAGGUCUAUUGUAGUGAUGAGUAUAAUAUGCCAGAGAUUUCAAUUUCGACAUCCUCAUCAGAGAGGUACUAUCUUCUGAAUGUGAGUCUGAAUUCACAUACGAUCUCUGUUGCUCGAGAAGACUACUGGGAUGAUUACUGCUCACCAAACUUGUCCUAUACCAGCUUAAACUUCAACCUAUUCAACUACACUCUUGCCAAUGAAAAUGUAACCCUCUUCUACGAGUGUUCUGCAGGAUUUUUAGCUUCAGAAAUUCAGUUUUCCUGUGCCAACAUAAACAACGGUAGUAAUUACUUUAUGACCGAUGUUUUGGAGUCCUACCUAGGUAAUAUCCCACCGGGUUUAUGCAAAAACAUCAUAUCUGUCCCGGUUUACCAAUCUGUUGCUGCCAAUAUAACAGAUAUAUUAAGCUUACAGGCAGCUUUCAAGAGUGGUUUUGAGUUAGAGUGGAUCGCAAACAACGAAUUGUGUGAUGAUUGUCGUGCAUCAGGUGGGGAGUGUGGGUAUAAUAUAAGUCGAAGUAGAUUCACUUGCUAUUGCGCUGACGAUAUUCAUGAUUCCAGAUGUGAUGGUAAGUCUAACAAGACGGCAAUUAUAAUAGGUGUAUCCGUUGGAGGUGUACUAGUUCUUGCUGUCCUCGCAUGCUGUAUCAUCAUAAUACAAAGGAGAAGGCGGUCCAUCUCCCUGGCUAAAUCCAAAGAUCUUGGUCCCAAUUAUCCGAGCAUUGGCCUUCCUUCAAGCAAUGGUUAUCAGUCAAGCCAACCCUAUACUACUAGUCCUUCAACCAACCUGUCUCCGAGCUUCCCCUCUUAUCCUUCCUCAAAGUCUGAUUUUGAAAAUUCUGCCAGCUACCUCGGUGUCAAGGUCUUCAGCUACGAUGAGCUUGAAGAAGCUACCGAGCAUUUUAAUGAGUCUCAGGAGCUUGGAGAUGGUGGCUUUGGUACUGUUUAUUAUGGUAAGCUCCAUGAUGGACGUUUAGUUGCAGUCAAACGCUUAUACGAGAAUAGCUGCAGGCAUAUGGGACAGUUCAUGAAUGAGAUCCACAUUCUAGCUCGUUUAAGACACAAGAACUUGGUCACCCUUCACGGAUGCACCUCAAGGAGAAGCAGAGAGCUUCUCCUCGUUUAUGAGUACAUCCCCAACGGCACAGUUGCUGAUCAUCUUCAUGGGAAACUUUCACAGUCACCUAAGGUACUUCCUUGGUCAACACGACUGAGCAUCGCUGUUGAGACAGCAGAAGCUCUGUCUUUCCUCCAUGAAAACGAUGUCAUACAUCGUGAUGUCAAAACUACAAACAUUCUCUUAGAGAGCACCUUCCAAGUAAAGGUAGCUGAUUUCGGGUUAUCAAGACUUUUUCCAAAUGAUGUAACCCAUGUCUCUACAGCACCACAAGGAACCCCUGGUUAUGUUGAUCCUGAGUAUUACCAAUGCUAUCAGCUCACUGAGAAGAGCGAUGUUUACAGCUUCGGAGUUGUGCUAGCAGAGCUAAUAUCAUCAAAAGUGGCAGUAGAUAUUACAAGGCAUAGACAUGACAUUAAUUUGGCUAAUAUGGCAGUUGAUAGAAUUCAGAAGCAUGCAUUAGAUGAACUGAUAGAUCCUAAACUUGGGGUUGAAAACGAUUUUCUUGCAUAUAAGAUGGUAAAACUAGUAGCAGAAGUGGCUUUUCAGUGUUUACAGCAAGAUAAAGAAGCGCGGCCUUCAAUGAAAGAAGUUCUUGAAUCAUUGAAAGGAAUACAGAAAGAAAUGGAGAAUUCUCAAAAACAGGUUGUAGUGGAUAUCCAUGAAAGUGAUGAUGAUAUAGGGCUUUUGAAGAAUGUUCCUCCUCCUUUCUCACCUGAGACAGAGUCGAGUAACAUAAGCAUCAGAUGAUGAGUGACUUACGUCUAAUAUAUAACUUUUGGUAUACAAAUAGCGUAUAUUUCAUUGGUUACUUUUUUUUUUUGCGUAAUUUUGGGGGCCAUAUUUUAUAUUGAACAUCCUAAUCAGAUACCCUCUUUUCCGCAAAAUUUCUAAAUAUGUUAGUCAUUUUUGCUAAAAUUACAAAAAAGAAUGUUACUGUGAUAUGCAACUAUUUUGUAUCAUAGUUAUAAAAUUAAGAAGUUCAUCCUCCUAGUGAAGCUUAGUUAAAGUGCACACGGCACAAUAGUUAGGGAUAUGUAAAUAAUAGUACUAUUUAAUGUAUUAACACUGGUGUAUGAAUUUUAGCAUAAAUUUUGAUUCA